AUGAUUCCAACAAAUGUCUCCCACGUGACCACAUUCAUUCUCAUCGGAGUCUCAGAGUGUCCAGAGCUUCAAGUUCCCCUCUUCUUCAUCUUCUUAGCAAUCUAUGGAGUGACGGUGACCGGAAAUGUGGGAAUCAUCACACUUAGUACUAUAGAUUCUCGACUUCAAACUCCCAUGUACUUUUUCCUGAGACACUUGGCUCUCAUCAAUCUUGGCAAUUCCACUGUCAUUGCUCCCCAGAUGCUGGUCAAUUUCUUGGUAGAGAAGAAAACCAUUUCCUAUUAUGGGUGUGCAACUCAACUGGGAGGCUUCUUAGUCUUCAUUGUUGCUGAGAUUUUCAUGUUGGCUGCCAUGGCCUAUGACCGCUAUGUGGCUAUUUGCAAUCCCUUGUUAUACAUGGUUGUGGUAUCACAGAAGGUUUGCAUUCUACUUGUUGUCCUUACCUAUAUCUACAGUUUAACUACAGCAGUGACUGUCACCUCUUGUGUUUUCUCAAUGUCUUACUGUUCUUCCAAUGUCAUCAAUCAUUUUUACUGUGACAAUGUCCCUUUGUUAGCAUUAUCCUGCUCUGACACCUACAUCCCAGAAAUGGCAGUCUUUAUUUUUUCAGGAACUAAUCUCUUCUUUUCCAUGAUCAUUGUAAUUGUGUCCUAUUUCUACAUCAUCUUGGCCAUCCUGAGGAUACGUUCAGCAGAAGGGAGAAAGAAAGCCUUCUCCACCUGUGCUUCCCACAUGAUGGCUGUCACUGUUUUCUAUGGGACACUCCUUUUCAUGUAUUUGCAGCCCCGCUCAAACCAUUCCUUAGACACUGAUAAAAUGGCCUCCGUCUUCUACACACUAGUGAUUCCCAUGCUGAAUCCUAUGAUCUAUAGCCUGAGGAACAAGGAUGUGAAGGAGGCUGCGAAGAGAGUCCUUACCAACCCUAGCCAAAUUUUUAAAAACAUAUAA